AUGCCGCCGACAGCACGUCGCCACCCGCGCAGCACGCCUCGAAUCGACCGACCAUAUCUUGCAGGAUAUAUCGGCUGGCUGCCUCCCAAGGACGCAGAUGAACCUGACUCCGGGCACGAUGAUGGAUUUUAUGGCCAUCCCAUCGUCAUUCUGUCGCCCCUCGCCCAAGAUGGCAGGCUUACCAGCUUUGGCGGCAAUGAUCUGGCAUCCAAAUAUACAUCUACCCAUGCCCGAGGGAGAUAUUUGCCAAUUUCGCCUAGUCCCGCGCAUCCUGACAAUGGUAAAUUGCUAUACCUUGAUGUGUCGAGUUUGCCUUUACGGAGAUCAUCAAAUAUCAAUACAGAGAACAAGCGCGAAAUGGAGCUGUCGUCAUUCCGUCCAUAUGAUAGCAAUAGUGGCAAUGUGUGUUUGCUGUCACGGAAUUCCUAUCAAGAGUUGAUUGAAUAUGCCAGAUUUGAAGUGCCACUGGCCGACCUCCAUCAACAUGAUCUGCUCUCCUCGAUCAUGUCCAAUGGGGCCCAGAUUAGUCCUAGCCAGGCGAACUCUACCAGAUACCAGCCUAUUCCACGGAUAUCAAAUCAUGGGGGCGCGCCAACUCGCCAUCAAACGCAUCACGGGGCUGGUGGGCGGACGACUGGUCGAGGCCAAUCUCAGCGGGCAGAGAGAUUUACAAGGCCAGCCUCGAGACCACAUGGCAAUUAUGGCACGAUCAGCUCCUCGAGCAGAUCCCAGCAGCCCGUCGUUCGGACUCCUAAUGCAACACAAUCAGACAGUGGCUCGAGCGGCUCAAUCGGAACAGUGUUGGAGAUGUUCCUCUGGUGUGCCUUGGCCAUUGUGCUUGGCUAUGGUGCAUAUCGUGCUGGGUGCUGGACUGUAUGGGCGGCUGGGGCUGCGAUAGAUGCCAUCAAGGAUGCCUGGGGAGCAGCCACGGGGGCCAUCCGCCAAACCAUUAAUGGGACAAUCGCGACUGUCAAAAACGUCCCCUCCACCGCUUCGACGGAAUCGGGUUAUUGGACUUUUUGUGAAAAUCUGAUCAUGUGCGCCUCUCCGACUUCAAACUUUUAA